AACAGACCGUGAGCUUUUUCUCCGACUUCUGAUUCAGCUCUUCGGGGCACCCAGCAAACAGUCUGCAGGUUCUGGAGCCACUCUGAGUCAAGAAACAUUUCAAGGAGAGAGACAAGAGGAAGUAAAUAUAACAGCAAGAGAUUUUGUUCCUUAUGCUUGACCUGGCCCUGACCAGCAUUCGACACCCGAUGUUGGGGGGGACCCCACCCAGGCGGGCCACCCUCCACUCCCUGCUUUUGGUGGGAGCGACAGCCUUCCUCUGCUCAGCCAGGUCCAUAGACGAGGAGCGAAAGCAGCUGCUAUGGAGAGAGCGGACGAUGCGGCUGGGCGGGCAGCUGGCGCUGACCAGAGCGGAGCAGGUGGCCAACCGGGUGCUCAUGGCCCACAAAGAGGCCGAGGUGCACAGUCCGCAGUUCCCUCCCAGCAUGCACUUCUUCCGGGCCAAGCACCUCAUCGAGAAAAGUGCGGUGUUCCACAUCCUGAAGAAGAUGCCGAAAGGGGCUGCCCUGCACGUGCACGAGUUCAGCAUCCUCCGCAUGGACUGGCUGGUGAAAAACGUCACCUACAGGCCCCACUGCCACUUCUGUGUCACCCACCGUGGGGCCCUGAGGUUCAGGUUUGCUCACCCAACUCCCCCAACGCCAGCGGAGUGUUCAGAGUGGGUUUUGCUGGAGAAGUACCGACAAGAGCUGCAGAACGUCACCGAGUUUGACGAGAGCCUUCUGAGGAAUUUCACGCUGGUGACCGAGAACCCCGAGGAGACCUACCCAAACCGAGAUGUCCUCUGGUCCAAGUUCCAAACCAUCUUCUUCUCCAUCUCGGGCCUCGUCAGCUAUGCGCCGGUGUUCAGAGACUACGUGUUCCAGGGCCUGCGGGAGUUCUGCCAGGACAACGUGCUCUACCUGGAGCUCAGAGCCAUGCUGCUGCCGGUGUACGAGCUGGACGGGAGGACCUACAGCCCAGAGUGGGUGGUGGAGACCUACAGAGACGUGGCUUCUCUGUUUUCGAGAGAGCAUCCCGGGUUCAUCGGAAUGAAGAUCAUUUAUUCGGAUCAGAGAUUCAAAAAUGUGUCCCUCAUCACGGAAUCCGUCUGGAUGGCCAUGAAACUUCGAACCAAAUUCCCUGGGAUGGUGGCAGGGUUUGACCUGGUGGGGCGGGAGGACACCGGCCGCUCCCUGCACCACUACAGGAAGGCUCUGAUGAUUCCCGCCUCGAGAGGCUCCAGGCUGCCCUACUUCUUCCAUGCCGGGGAGACAGACUGGCAGGGCACUUCUGUCGAUGGGAACCUUCUGGAAGCCCUAAUACUGAACUCCACCAGGAUUGGCCACGGAUUUGCUUUGACCAAACACCCAGCCAUCUGGACUGACUUGUGGAAGAAGGGCAUCCCAGUAGAAGUCUGUCCCAUCUCCAAUCAGGUUCUGCAGCUGGUGUCCGACUUGAGAAACCACCCCGCCGCUGUUCUCAUGGCGACCGGGUACCCCAUGGUGAUCAGCUCGGAUGACCCAGCCAUGUUCGGGGCCUCAGGCUUGUCCUACGAUUUCUACGAGGCCUUCAUGGGCAUUGGCGGGAUGAAGGCCGACCUGAGGACCCUCAAACAGCUGGCCCUGAACUCCAUCAAGUACAGUGCCCUGCAGGACACGGAGAAAAAGGCUGCCAUGGAAACCUGGGCGGAGAGAUGGGAUGCCUUUGUAGCGGAGCUGGCUGGAGGCCAGAGCAAGAAGACAGCCGCCUAGGACCCCGGUCCUCAGCUGGCCGCCACAAGCUGUCUCCCUGUCGCUCAGUUGUGCCUGAAUCCACUCCCCUGCAGUCCCCAAGCCCGUUUCUUUGUGCAGAUCAGCAAAGCCCUCCCAUUUGCUUACCAUCUCAGAAAUACUCCAUCAGCCCUGGCUGGGGUGGCGCAGUGGAUUGAGCGCCGGCCUGGGAAACAAAGGGUCACGAGCUCAAUUCCCAGUCAGGGCAUGUGCCGGAGUUUCAGGCCAGGUCCCCAGCAGGAGGCGCACGAGAGGCAACCACAUAUUGAUGUGUCUGUCCCUCUCUUUCUCCCAUCCCCUCUCACUAAAAAUAAAUAAAUAAAGUCGUU